CUUCUUUCAUUAAGGCACCCCUCCCCCCCUUCAGUAUGGGAGAGGGGGGGUGGGUGAUGGUGGUGGUGGUGGUGGCGGUGGUGGUGGAGGCCGGGUGGGGAUAUGCAGCUGGUCAUUGCAAGAUGGACACAGACUGCCAGGGGGUGGGGAGCCGAGGGAGGUGCCCCAGCCCGCCGUGCCGCUGUGUCCUUGGUGACGGGGACAGCGGGGCGGCCACAGCGGGGAGGUGUUUGCCCUUAAGAAGACUGGGAGAGCAGUGUUUGAGGGAUGGCCAGUGUGUGCCGAGCAAGACUGGCCUGGUGUGUAGGUAUAGGAGGUGUGGGCGUAGCGAGACCUCCUCCGUGCACUCCGCCCACGAGGGACCACGCCCACGCCUGCACACGCCCAUAGAAUCAGUAUAUGUGAAACAAGCUUUGUACUACCUCUUAAUGGGACUUGCCAUAGUAGGAUUGUUGUUAGCUUUAAAUGCCUAUCUUCGCUGUUUCCGUCCACCAGCCACGCCCACGCCUAUCCCACGCCCUCUGCCACCCCGCACGCCCUCACUGGAUGCCCCCCCGCCCUAUGCCUCCAUCCAGCCGCCCUCGUAUGAACAGGCAACACGUGGGCGGCGGCAUAGUUUUAGUGGGCGUAGAGCUGAGGCCGAGGGUCUAAUGAGGGGCGGGUGGGGCUGUACGGGGCAACUCUCUCCUCCCCCCUUGUUUCCUCCUCCUCCAUGAUGCACCUCUCCUCCCCCCAGGCCCCCAGUAGGCGUGUCAACUCCCCACAGGAUACAGAAAACGAGAUUCAGUCCUCCCCAAGUCCCCAGUAUUCUCCCCAGUUGAGCCCGGACACAGAUUUCCUCCCCAGUUCUUCUUCUUCACCUGAACCGUCUCCCCAGCUCUCCCCAGCACACCAGAAUGCUGCUUUGCCUCCCCAGUCCCCAGUAACUCUCCGAUCUUCGCCCCAGUUUACUCCAGAAGCAUCAGAUGACAUCCCCAGCUUUUCUUCACCCCAGCACACUAAUUUACCUCCCCAGCUUACUCCAGAAACAUCAGAUAAGCUCCCCAGCCUCUCUUCUUCACCCCAAUAACUCCCCAGUUGCCUAAAACACCCCA